AUGAAUAUAAAGACCAUCGAUGAUGUAAUAUAUAAAGUUCAUAAUAUAAAAGUUUUAAACAAAAAUGAUAAGAAGGCAAAAGCGAUUUUAAGCCGAGCUGCCGAGCAAGUUCUGCCCAUAAUGAAGAAGCGAAGAUUUCGCGUGGAAUUACUCUCAGAAUUUUUACCAAAAAACCCCAAUUUGUUGGGGCUCAAUAUUGUAAAAAAGUCAGAAAUAAAGAUACGACUACGUAAAACCAAAGGAGGAGAGAUAUUUCAUUUUAAUGACAUUAUGGGGACACUUCUUCAUGAACUUGUACAUAUAGUUCAUAGUCGACAUGAUAAAUCUUUUUAUGAGUUACUAGACAAAAUAACUUGGGAGUAUAACGAGUUAUAUGUAUAUAAUAAGAAGGGUAUAUCUGGAGGAGAUAAGGUUAGUACUAAUAUAAUUAAAUAUAAUUUGGGUAGAAAUAAUAUAAUGAAAGAUAAUAUAAUUCUGGAUAUUACAAAAAUGAAUAAUGUAAUUAGUAUUUGUGAAGAGAAUCCUAAGUUUAUGGCUGCUCAAGCCGCAGAAAAAAGACUGCUUAAUAAUUUUAUGAAUAAUCAAGGAGAGAUUGUGAAUGCAUCCCUUUUAAGUUGUUUAACUAAAGAACAACGUGAAAAUUUAUUAAAUAAUAGAAAAAAAUAUGAUGAUAUAAUUUGUUGUUUAGAUAAUGAUAUUAUUUUAAUCGAUACAAUCUCUGAUACAUAUGAUAAGGAAUAUGAUCAUAAAAGUAUGGUUUCUCAAAAGAAAAGUGAUAAUGUAUCAUUUUUAGAAAAUACAAAAGAUAAUAUAAAUAAUAAUAUUGAUUAUACUUACAUGCAACAUUUAAAUGAUAAUGAACGAAAACAAGAAAAAAAAGAAAAUGAACUUAUGAUUACACAAAAUUAUAAUAACCAAUUCGAAGGAAAACCAAAUGUUAUAGAAAUAUUGACACCAGAUAUAAAAAAAAAAAAGAAUAAAAGAAAGAACUUAAUUGAAUCAAAUAAUGGCAUUUUUGAUCUUUCACAAAAUGAUGGAGAUGAUAACUCUCAGGUUUUAAAAAGAAAAAAGGGUAACCAAAAAGACAUGAAAAGUGAUAAAAAUGAUGAGGUCAUUUUUUUAAAAUGA